GGAGAGAAGAUUUCAGUUGACCAUGCUUGAAAAGAAGUCUGAAAUGGGCCUUAUUGGAGAGCAGGCAUUUGAUGUGACAAAGUGCUGUAAGUUUGUGCCUGUAUUUGAUGAACUUGAUGCUGAGGAAUACUUCCUUCAGUUUGAGAAUGUUGCCACAAGUUUGUCAUGGCCAAAAGGGUAUUGGCCCAUAAUUGCUCAGACUUCCUUUAAAGGAAAAGGGCUCUCAACCUACCUCUCCUUGAUGACUGACCAGCAGAAAGAUUACAGUAUUGUCAAGGAAUCUAUCCUCCAAGCCUACCAGUUAACUCCAGAAUUUUAUCAGUCUAAAUUUCGUAACUCUGCCAGGACUCCCAAUCAGACUUUUAUUGAGUAUGCACAUUUGCUGAGGAAAUUGCAUAAUAGGUGGAUUGCAUCUCGUGGAGUAACCACAUUUGAUCAGUUACGUGAGCUUAUGGUGCUAGAACAGUACUUGAACACCUUGCCAUAUGAUAUAAGAGUAUAUUUAUGUGAAAAAGAGCUAGAUUCACUUGAUAGAGCAGCUUUCUUAGCUGAAAACUAUAAUCUAAUUCAUAAGGCUAACAGAAAGAGUUAUCCUGACCAGAACACAACUCGACAUGUUGGUAAGCCUUUGAGUACUGAUUAUGUUGGGAAAAGUGUGAACAGUGCAAGUUUUGACACUAAAAUUUGCAAUUACUGCAAGAAGCCAGGUCAUUUUGUGGCAAGUUGUCCUAAGUUGGAGAAGAAAGAUCAGAGUAGGUCCGAUAUAAAACCUGUUAUUAAUUAUGUCUUUAAACCAGCAGAUGUGAGUGAUCCUGUUUUAACCACGUCUAAUAAGUGUCAACAGCUGUUCCAACCAUUCCGAUUUGAGGGUAGUGUGUCAGCCUCUGAGGCCGGUCCGUCCAUCCCUGUCAGUAUCCUGCGUGAUACAGGUGCCUCGCACAGUAUUGUGACACUACCAAACGAAGAAGAGGAGGAGGAGGAGGAGGAGGACUGGGAAGAAGACGAGGAACACAGGAGGAACCCAUUGAGAGAACAAGAAGAAGAAGAAGAAGAAGAAGAGGAGGACACAGGAAUUCCUUGGUGCAGAAGUCUUGUGAAACUGUCAGCAGGGUCACAUUAAACUCUAGCAGAUGAACCUGACUCAGUAAAGGUGGUAUAUCACUCAUCAGGCAACAACAACAUGACAAAAUAAUAAUAGGCCGAAGUGAUAGCGUACUGGACCCACAUUCGCCGCGUGAUGGACGACGCGGGUUCGAAUCCUCACGCUACCACGCUGUGUGGGGCCGGGAAGAUGUGCCGUGGGCUCAACCCCCCCCCCAAGCGACUCCCCCUGACCAGGGAGGGAGGGGAUACAAUUACUUCAAAUUACAUUGAAUACAUA